CCGCAGAUCUCAGGAAUAUUAACGGAUUUUUAUCUUUAUUUAAUAAUUGUGUUUCAAACUGCAAGGAGUGGAAAUUUGAAGCACUUGGAAGUAUUUUCUCUGCCAUAAAAUGUGGAGGCUGCAGAAGUUCUGGGCUCUGCUCUGUGUUCUCUGGUAUCUCCAGUCUGCUGCAGCUUCUCCUCCUGCAGCAUCCCCACCUUCUCCUCCUCCUCCAGUUGUGCAAUCCUCCCAUCCCUCUCAGGAGUUUCUGGCUCAGUUUACCCAGAUGAGCUCUCCAAACAGCGGGGACCGUAAACACCGGGAUGCCAGCGCCGUGCUGCCCUUCAUCGGCCUCACCAGCAGUGCUGAGCAGAGUCGUAACUGCUGUAAGAAUGGAGGAACUUGCAUCCUGGGCAGUUUCUGUGCGUGCCCCCCAUUCUUCACCGGGAGAAGCUGUGAAUACGACACCAGAAUUAGACGAUGUGAUUUUAUUCCUCAUGGAGAGUGGGUCCAGAAAGGCUGCUCCUACUGCCGCUGUUUCUACGGCAUCUUGCAUUGCUUCCCUCACAUGUUCAAUAAAGAUUGUGAUGACUCGGACGAGGAGGUGAUUUGGUAUCAUUCGUCGGCUGUCAGGACGGAUCCUCUCAGCUGUUUCCUGUAUCUGCUGCUCCUUCCUGUCCUCCUCGUUCUCUGAACUGCCCCUAAAACAGACUCCAGGGAAACGGGAAGCUCUUUAUUCCUCUGCAGAGGUGCUGCUUUCAUCUGCAGCCGGAAUUUUCUCUCCUGAACUCGCUGAACAGAUGAAGCUGAAGGACUGAUCAGAUGAUGAUGAUGUGAUGAUGUCAGCCUUUAAAGUGUUUCCUUAGUUUAUCCCAAAACGAAUGAAAUGGGAAUUUAAAGGAAACUGUACAUAAGAUUUAGUUUUUAUCUCUUUGUUUUCUCUUUGUGAAAGAAAAUACUUGUGAUUCUUGUUAAAAAC